GUUGCAGUCGCCCCUGCCGUCCAUGUGUCCGGCCGAGAGCAGCACGGGAUCCUGACGCUGUCGUGCCGCGCGUACGGAUUCUUCCCCCGGGCCAUCGCCAUCAGCUGGCUGAAGGGGGAUGAGAUCCGGGACCAGGACACGGAGUGGGGCGGGAUCGUUCCCAACAGCGACGGCACCUUCCACGCCUGGGCCAGGAUCGAG